AUGCAUAUCGCAAGCAUCAUGAAGCUCUCCCUCCUCACUUUCGCUACUCUAAGCUUUGCUGUACCAACUCCGGUAACUACUCCAAUGGGCGCAGCGGUUGAGUACGCUCGUGCUGCUCAAGAUGUUCCAGUUAAUCUUGUUGAGCUUAGCAACAAGCGUGAUGGUCCUAUUGACUUGAUUCAGCUUCCUGAGAAGCGCGAUGGUCCCAUUGAUUUGAUUCAACUUCCAAAGCGCGACAGCCCAGUUAACCUUGUUCAACUCCCCAAGAAGCGUCAAGACUCUCCAAUCAACCUUGUCGAACUGAGUAACCGCGAAACCACCAAGUACAGAUCCGUCCGCUCUUGCAACCCCCAAGAUGCUCCCAUCAAUCUUAUCCAACUUACUGAGAAGCGUCAAGAUUCCCCCGUCAACUUUGUUGAACUCAGCAACCGUGCUGAAACUGAGCUCUUAGCAGCACGUCAAAAUGACUGCGGUUCUUCACCUUACCAAAAUCAAGAAUGCAACGCUGGUACAGGCUUGAGCAUUCCAGCAUUUGCUGUAAUCGCUAUGGCUUUAUGCGCCAUUAUGAUCGUUUGA